GAUAAAUUUCCUUUGUUACAAGAUAUCCUUUACCUUCACACGGCUAGAUUUUCAGAUAUAUGAACAACUUACCUUGAUGAAAUUUAGGUAUCGGUACAAAGCUGUUUGCUUGAACAAGUGAAGAUCGAACGUGUAGUAGAAGUUUUCCCGCCACAAAAGGCCUCCGUGUUUCCUUGCUUCCAAUUACACUUGAGUCUUCAUUCGUACUCGCCAGCGUUAGCUAGGCCCAGUACACUCGGUACAGUGUAUAUCACAACGAGGCACAAUAUCAACAGGAGGUCCUUCCAGGUUUGGUAUAGGAUAAUCGCGCGCUUUUUUGAAUCUCAAUUCCGUUGACGACUCUGUUAACAAAGCAUCCGAACGAAGCGAUUGUUGUCUGUUUAUUUUACAGUUAAUUCAGGGUUAGGGAAAGUAAGCGAAGGAAAUGGCAGAAAGACGAGUAAACGAUCGUGGACAAAAUCAAGAUGAUAAUGCGGUUCCAGCGGCAAUUAGAAAUAGUAACAUGUCCGAAGAAUGCAUCGUACUGCUGGAGGAAUUGAUCCGCAGCAACCGGGCUCUGGCGAGCGAAAAUGAAAAGCUGCGGCAGCAGCAAGAGUGCAGCAACAAAUCAAACUUAGAGGCUCUUCAGCGGAUUGAGAACCGUCUUGAAACUGGUGAUAAUGGAGCCAAAGUCCGUCGGCGCCAAAAUAGACAGAAGCGAAGGACGAUAGUAGUUCCACCAGCUUGUCGAAGAGCUGUGAGAAGGAUAUAUAAACUUCUUUUAAAAAAAGACGACUUUGGUGGAUUUUAUCUUGACGAAGAAGUAAAUUCUGAUAACAACUAUGGAAUUUUUGAGCGCACAGUAGAGCAGGUUGUACAUCAACAGGGAGGACCUGAAAAGUGUCCCUGGACAAAGGAUAUCAUUGAAGCUGCUUUACAAAGAUAUUUUAAAACGUGCCUAGAAACACAUAAGCUGAAGAGCAGUAAUCGCUAUGAGGCACAUAAACAAAAAACAAGAAAGAGUGGUCGCCAAAGAGAGAAGUUAAUGAGACGAACUACAGCCCUGGAGCUGGUCAACUGGGCUGACCAGCAUGAAAAGGGGAGAGUGGCGGAGGUUCUUGUGAUGGAGGCGAUGAGCAGUGAAGAAAGCUGUUACAAGGAUGAUGAUAUAAAUAACUCAAAAUUAACAAAAUACUCUGUCCAUCGCCUUCAAUGGGAGAGUAGAAGAAUGAAAAAAAUAAAAAAAAAACUUGAUAAGGCCUAUAAGAAAAAACUCACUUCAAGAGCUAAGGAGAGAAUCCUACCCAGAGUUGAUGGGCAACCUUCUCUGAGAUGCCCACCAACUGAAAAUUUUCCGGGGUGGGCAAUAAGGCAGUAA